GCGAGGGUGAAGGACCCAGCGUGUAGUUUUCUGUCUUAAGUGUCUUUUUGUUCGCCAUGGCUUCGUCCAGCAAAAGACGGAGAACCAGUCAUGUCAACAGCGAGUCACAGACUAGUAGCAGCAUGUCGGACAUGUUCACAGACAGUCAGCCCGAUGGAAACGGAGAAGAGCGUCGUUUUGUGGAGGGAUCUAUACUCCGUCUGACCAUGAAAAACUUCCUGACCUAUGACUACUCCGUGUUGUAUCCUGGACCUAAUCUGAACAUGAUUGUUGGAGCCAAUGGGACUGGCAAGUCGAGCAUCGUGUGCGCCAUCUGUCUGGGUCUGGCUGGCAAGACUGCUAUCCUGGGCAGAGGUGAUAAGGUUGGCCUCUAUGUCAAACGUGGAUGCAAUAAAGGACUCAUUGAAAUUGAACUGUACAAGGUUGGUGGUAAUGUGGUGAUUAACAGAGAGAUCCACGUGGAGAACAAUCAGUCGCUGUGGAUGCUGAACGGAAAACACUGCAACCAGAAAGCAGUGGAAGAAGAGGUCAAGGCUCUGCGUAUCCAAGUCAGCAACCUUUGCCAGUUUCUGCCUCAGGAAAAAGUGGGAGAGUUUGCCAAAAUGUCCAAAGUUGAGUUGCUGGAGGCAACUGAGAAGUCAGUUGGACCACCGGAGAUGUAUGCGUACCACUGUGAGCUCAAAAACUUCCGCAACAGAGAACGAGAACUGGAGAACGUUGUAAAGGAGAAGGCCAGUUUCCUGGAGAAAGCCAAGCAGAGGAACGAAAGGAACAAACAUGAUGUGAACCGCUACUACGAAAAGAAGAGGCAUCUGGACGUGAUUGAGUUGCUCGAGAAGAAGAAGCCAUGGGUGGAGUACGAGACCACCCGUAAGGAGCAGGAGGCUGUGAAGAAGGAGCGAGAUGAAGCCAAAAAGCAGCUGUUUGCGCUGAAGCAGACCCAGGCUCCCAUGCUGAAGAAGAUCCAGCUGAUUGACAAUCAGAUGAAGCCCACUGAUGCACAAAUAAAGGCUAAGACUGCACUCAUCAAAGAAGCCUCUCUGAAGUGCAAACAGAAACAAGACCAGUUGGAUCGAAAAAACAAAGAGAUUGAAGAUAUCAAACAAAUGCUGAAGCUGAAGCAGACGGAAGAAGAAGACCACCAGAAGCGAAUCAGCAACACCAGACGGACCAUUGAUGAUUUGGAAGCAGAGCUCGCCAAAGUUGGUGACCAACCUGAUAUGACACCGCGGAUCAAUGCUGUCAAUGUUGAACUCAGGAACAUCCGGGAAGAGAGAGCAAAAAUCGAAGGAGAGAAGGCCGACCUGCGCAGGGAGAAGGACAACCUCCUUGCUGAGUACAAAAUGUUGGAGAGAAAGCUCAGGGACAUGAACAACAUGAUGAAUGCCAAAGAGGAGAAGCUGCGAGGACGCUACAGGGACACACACACUGCCCUCCAGUGGCUCAGAGAGAACAGACAACUCUUUAAUGGGAAUGUACACGAGCCCAUGAUGCUGGUGAUCAAUGUGAAAGAUCACCGCUUUGCUAAGUAUGUGGAGAACCACAUCUCAUUCCAGGAUCUGCGGGCGUUUGUCUUCCAGAGAAAAGACGACAUGGAGAAGUUUAUGACUGAGGUCCGUGACAAGAAGAACUUGAAGGUGAACUCCAUUUCUGCUCCGGAGGAGUCAUGUUCUAAGAAGAGGCCAUCCCGAAAUAUUGAGUCCCUGAGCCGUUUUGGGUUCUUCACCUACCUGCGUGAGAUGUUUGACGCCCCAGAAGAGGUGAUGAGUUAUCUCUGUCACCACUAUAAGGUUCACGACGUCCCUGUGGGCAAUGACCAAACUAAAGCCAUGAUCAAAACGGUGAUUGAGGAGCCCUACCUCAGGGUGUUAUACACAACAGAGGAGAGGUACACACUGAAGAGGUCCCUUUACUCCAACAAGAUCAGCACCAGUAACUCCGCAGUGCCGCCUUCUCAGUUCCUCAUCAUCGCUGUGGACGCUGAAGAGAAACGGCAGCUCGAGCAGCAGAUGAGGGCCUGUGAGCUGAAGUUACGAGACACUGAUGAGCGGCUGAAGGCUCUGCAGGCGGAGGGUGCCACACUUGAUCGCCGUGACAAUGAAUUGCUGGCAGAGAAGAAGCACCUCUCUGAAGUAAAGGGCAAAAAGAGACAACUGGAGCAGAAAAUCAGCACCAAACAGGACAGUCUGAGGCAGAUGGAGCAGAGUAUUAUUGACUUGCAGAAGAUCGAAGAGGAGACUAAAGAGAAAAUUGCAGCUGUCAAUUCCCAAAAGGUGGCCAUAGUGACAGCGUUCAUGGCCCAAAUGAAGCUGAGAGCCAAACUGACUAUGGAGAAGGUGUACCUGGCUUUGGAGACGGUGGGGCUGACGGCUGAGAAGACAAAGCUGGAGAAUGACUGCAGAGAAGGCGCCUCUGAUAUCAAGACAUUUGAUCAAAAAUGCAGCCGUCUGGAGCAGAGGAAGGUCCAGCUGACAGAACAGUGCAAAGGCCUGCUGAAGAGAGCGAAAACCAUCUGCAGGAUGCAACCUGAUGAGUCGUUACCUGAAGACCUGCGUAACGCUUUCAGCAAGCUGCCUGACACGCUGGACGAGAUCGAUGCCAUGCUGAACGAGGAGCGCUCCAGGGCCGAGUGCUUCACUGGCCUCAGUGAAAGUGUUGUUGACGAGUACAACAGGAGAGAGCAGGAGAUCAAACAUCUGGAAAAAGAGUUGGAAGAUAAGAACAACGCCCUCAAUGCUUACCGACAGAACAUAUCAGAGGCAAAGGAGCGCUGGCUGAACCCGCUGAAGCAGCUGGUGGAACAGAUCAAUGACAAGUUCAGUGAUUUCUUCCGCUCCAUGCAGUGUGCAGGAGAGGUAGAUCUGCACUCAGAGAAUGAGGAGGAGUACGACAAGUAUGGGAUCCGAAUUCGGGUGAAGUUCCACAGCAGCACUCAGCUCCACGAGCUGACGGCCCACCAUCAGAGCGGAGGAGAGCGCAGCGUCUCCACGAUGCUCUACCUCAUGGCCCUGCAGGAGCUCAACCGCUGCCCCUUCAGAGUGGUGGAUGAGAUCAACCAGGGAAUGGAUCCUGUAAAUGAGAGAAGAGUCUUUGACAUUGUGGUGCGCACAGCCUGCAAAGAGACAACAUCCCAGUACUUCUUCAUCACACCCAAACUGCUGCAGAAUCUUAAGUACGCGGAGGAGAUGACCGUCCUGUGUGUCCAUAACGGCAGCCAAAUGCUUCCUCCGACCCAAUGGAACGAGAAGGCUUUUAUCAGACGGUGUCUCCAAAGAAAAGCCAGGGCUUGAACGCACCAUCUGACCUGUCCCAUGUGGAUUCAGUUAGUUCCCAGUCUGUGAGUUCAACAUUUACAACGUUUAUCAAUUAUUAUAAAUAAUUUAUGCUUUGCUGUUGUUUCACAAACCCAUCACUUUUGUAAAAUACACAUUUAUAAAACAGGUGUUCAGAAAAAAAAAUGAAUUGAGAGUAUUUGUUGUUUUCCCAUAUGCAUAUAGUUCUUUAUAUGCAGCAACUUGUUAACUCUUUGAUAAUACAAAAUACUGAAUGUACAACUGUUUUAACUCUUCUUUAACAGUUCACAUGUUUUUAUAUUUUAAUAAAAUAUUCUGCUGUUUCUGGUCUAAAUGGGUA